AGAAUUAUGAUUUCCUACAUUGUCUUGCUGAGUAUCCUGCUGUGGCCCCUGGUGGUUUAUCAUGAGCUAAUCCAGUGGAUGUACACUCGCCUCAAGCCCCUGCUUAUGCAGCUGGACUACAGCACGAAGGCGGAUGCUGCUGUGUUGCCUCACAAACACAAGAAGCAGCAAGGAAAAAACAAACCUCCAGGUGAUGAGCCAGGGGCAGAGACAGAAAGUGAAAGCGAGGCCGAGCUGGCUGGCUUCUCCCUGGUGGUGGAUGUGAAGAAAACAGCACUGGCAUUGGCCAUUACAGACUCAGAGCUGUCAGAGGAGGAGGCUUCUAUCUUAGAGAGUUGUGGCUUCUCUCUACCCCGGACCGCAACUCCUCAACUGACUGUCUCUGAGGAUUUGGACCAGCAGAGUGAGCCAGAGGAGCCCCUGAGCUGUGAGCUGGGGAAGAGAGAGGAGGCAGAGGUGGUACCUCCUGAGGACCUACUGGGCACCUCUUGGACCUUGUCAAAUCAAGCCCUGGACUCAGAGGAAGAAGAUGUGGCAGCUAAGGAAACCUUGCUUUGGCUCUCAUCCCCCCUUCAUUUUGUGAACACUCACUUCGAUGGGGCAGGAUCCUCCCCAGAUGGAGUGAAGUGCUCCCCUGAAGGACAAGUGGAGAUGUUCAGCCCUAAGCGGGACUUACCCCAGCUUCUGCCUGACCCUGAGGAAGAAGAGGGAUUCACCACUGAGGACUUUGAGUUGCUGGAUCAGGGGGAGCUGGAGCAGCUGAAUGCAGAGUUGGGCUUGGGGCCAGAGACACCCCCAAGACGCCCUAAUGCUCCAUCCCUGGGGCCUGACAAUCAUUCUCUGGUACAGUCAGACCAAGGGGCUCAGGGGGGCAGAGCCAUAAGCCAUGGGAUGGAGCUGCAGGCAUAG